AUGUCCGCGCCGCCGUUGGACAUGUCCAACCGCCCCCUCCGCGAAUCACACACCGCCACGUGUCCUCCGCCGCCGUCUCGCCGGCGCCCCGCCGCCGCGGCCCGCGAGCCCACGGCCGGCCCGCCCCGGGCCGCACCGGGCCCGCGCGCCCCGCCUCCCGCGCCCGCUCGGCGGAGUUCCGCCGGACUCCGCCGGCCGCCACCUCGGCUUCCGCGCCACCGGACGCCGCCCCGCUGUCCUUCGCCCGUACGCGCCCGCCGCCCGAGGCCGCGGCUCCGCCCGCUGGCGCCGCCCCCGCCCGGCGACCGCCGCCCGCCGGGCGCCUCUCCCUCCGCCGCCGACUUCGGCGCCGCCCCGCCCGGCGACCACCGCCGCCGCCCGGUCGGCUCUCCUCCGCCGCGCGCUCGCGAGCGCCUCCUGCCGUGCCCCGCCUCCGUCCGCCGCCAACCACCGCCGCCGGCGUCCACCCUCCUCUCCCCGCCGGCGCGCUUCUGCCGCCGUCCUCCGGCCUGA